AACGCAUAACGGGUGAAUUGUUCAGUCAUCUAAUAUGUCGAUAGGCUCGUAAUAAUUACUCAGUAGCGAUAUUAAACAAAGUGGUGUAAAUUUCAUGAUUUUAUAAGACAGUCUUAUGACGCGAAUACAUUUAUGCAAUCAGUCUGGUGAUCAUACAGCCAAAUAUUGUGGUGUGAAAAUAUUUUCCGUUGAAACUUUGCUUUCAACAACUAGUAUUUUACAUGAAGCAAAAAUAUGUAAUACAAGAUAUAACAACUGAAAUUUUACAUGAAGUGAGAUAAUUUAAAUUAUAGUUGUAUCAAGUCAACGUGAUGCAUUUCAAAGUGAAGAUUUUGAUGGUUGGGCCAGCUCAGAGCGGAAAGACGACGCUGAGCAACUUCCUGAGCGAGGCAGGCGAGGUGGGCACCAGCUACAGACCUACACGAGGCUGUAGGAUCGUCGAGUUUGAGGUUCCCGGCGUGCCGAUUGGCAGUGGCAACAAUGUGGCCAACGCAGAAGUUGAGUUAUGGGACGUGAGCGGUGACAAAAGAUACGAAAGCUCAUGGCCGGUGAUGCAGAGGUCAGCCAACGGCGUAAUUUUUGUGUGCAAUCCUGACUCGGUGGAGCAGCAGCAGCAGCACCUGGAGUUUCUGCACCGACAGUUCGCCCUGCAAAACGGACUGAAGGACUCUCAGUGCGUCGUUUUCUGUCAUCAGAAACCGAACACAGAAGCAACUGGUGCCGCUCUUGGUGGGCCGUUCAGCAGGAUAUCACAGCUGGACACUGAGCUGGGCGAGAGGAGCGGUCAAGUGCGCCAAGACUUCAAGAACUUCUUGAGCGGCUUGCUGGGCUCGAUGGCCGACGCUUCCACCAGAACUGAAAACCAAAUCCUGCAGUGAUGAGAAGUGAUGCAACCAUGAGAAGUGUGGAGUGAUGAGAAGCGCUGCAACCAUGAGAAGUGUGGAGUGAUGAGAAGCGCUGCAACCAUGAGAAGUGUGGAGUGAUGAGAAGCGCUGCAACCAUGAGAAGUGUGGAGUGAUGAGAAGCGCUGCAAUUAUGAGAAGUGUGGAGUGAUGAGAAGCGCUGCAACCAUGAGAAGUGUGCAGUGAUGAGAAGUGAUGCAAUUAUGAGAAGUGUGCAGUGAUGAGAAGUGAUGCAAUUAUGAGAAGUGUGCAGUGAUGAGAAGUGAUGCAAUUAUGAGAAGUGUGCAGUGAUGAGAAGUGAUGCAAUUAUGAGAAGUGUGGAGUGAUGAGAAGUGAUGCAGCUAUGAGAAGGGAGGAGAAAUAUGCAGAAAAUGCUGCAAAGGCUUUAACAAUGCUAUAUCUGUGCAUGCAUGCUGUUUCACAGUAAAGUCUGAUGCGGCUAACUGCGUUCCAUAAUGUUCGAAGAAUGUACAGCAUUGUGUGUAUGCGUUACUAGACAAAUGGAAUAACUAAAAAAUACGAAUGUUUACAUGUCCCUACUCAGCAUUCAUUUUAGCAUUCAACUAUUGAACAUUCUCUUUAACAGUUAAAAAUUGAACACAUAUGUUCAGGUUCAAAAUCUUCGUUCAAUUUAAGUACUCCGUGUUGUAAUUGAUGUUAUACCAGAAAUAACAAAGAUUUUAAUGACACUCUAGCAAUGCAGUGUGAUCCCUAUCACUUAAUAAACUAACCCUUUGUUUGUUUAUUGCAAUCUUGGUUACAAGCGUGAAGAAUCUUCAACAUAAUCAUGCGACAUUAUCACCUCUUAUCACUGCGUCGAAAUCUUAAUCAGCUGAUGUUUUGAUCAUUAUCAAUACGAUUGAGCAAAGCCAAUUUUAACAAACAUCAGGUUAAACUUUUGAGAUUGUUUACAAAAUUAAAUUAUUUGAUGAUUUUGUAUCAUAUGUUUUU